AUGAGUACCAGUAAAAAAGUAAUUCUUGUGACAGGUGCUAGCUCUGGAAUAGGCGCUGCAAUUGCCAUAAAAUUUAGUGAAGAAGGUGACAAAGUUGUGUUAGUAGGUAGAAAUGAAAGAAAACUGCACAAUGUUUCUCAACUGUGUAAAGAAGCUGGGGGCAACACCCUAAUUAUAAUUGCCGAUCUCACUAUCGAUGCAGAUAUUAAAAGGGUAAUAAAUACGUCAAUUGAACAUUUCGGAAGAUUGGAUGUACUAAUAAACAAUGCUGGCGUACCCGGUUCAGAGAGUAUCCUUUCUGACAAUGCUAUGAGAGUAUUUGAUGAAAUUAUAUCAAUUAAUCUUCGCGCAGCUGUGUAUGUCACACACCUCGCUGCACCAUAUUUGAUUAAAACAAAGGGUAAUGUUAUUAACAUAUCAAGCAUAGGAUCUACGGCGAUCUGUUUUCGAAUUAACUCUCAAUACGGUGCAUCUAAAGCCGCUAUAGACCAAUUUACGAAGUGUGUUGCUCUUGAGUUAGCUACGUAUGGAGUAAGAGUUAAUUCAGUGAAUCCUGGACCGACAAAAACAGAUUUCAUGAAGCGGUUUGGAUAUGAUGAAGAGAAACAACAACAAGUUUGGAACACAUUACUGAAAGCAACAUUGUUGAAUAAGAUAAUAGAACCUAGUGAGGUAGCUGAUUUAGUUUUGUUUUUAGCAAGUGAUAAAGCAAACAGUAUUACGGGUUCGUCGUUUGUAAUUGAUAGUGGAUUUUCAUUAAAAGGUCUUAUAGAAGAGUAA